CACAAAUUGAUACAUCAGUGAUACCUCCAUGGGAAGAGAGGUCUAAAUAUACUAGAUUGGGACAAAGUUGUGCUAUUCCGAACACAGACGCAUUGGUAAUCUUGGUAUCACUAUACAUAGAAGAAAGACUUAAAUUUGGACAGGAACGUGUUAUUUCACUUAUGCAUCUAUUGGUGAGAUUUACAUGA